UCCACCAGAAGACAAUUCCCAUGUUGCCGAGUUGCAAAUUUCCCAACGUGAUAGGGUGGGAGGAAGUGGAUGUGCUGAUCAUUCCGAGACCCCUUCAUGUGACCUCAUUCUAGGUCUGAAGGGUGCUUCCAGCACUGAUCUCGGGCACAAACAGAGAGACUCCACCUCCACUCCCUCCAUCCUCUUUCCAGCGUCAGUGGCAGGGCGGAGCAGCUGAAGGCAGCCGAGGCUGGGCUCAGCAGCAGUUAGAGAGGAUGGUGGAAAAGUCAGGCUUAGGGAGGUGGUGCUGAGACGGAGGGCGCGGCUGCUCAGCAGACGAUGCUGAGCGCCCAGCAACGAGCGGCGAGCUAAGUGGCGCUGCCUGGGCUGACAGCCGCUGCUCAUUGACCACAAGCAGCCAGGGGUCUGGCUGUACGUGUCCCUCUCCUUGCCUCUGUCCCCAGGGGACGGAGCUGGACUGGCACUCCGGUGAAGAUGUCGGCGCCGUUGGGCCCCCGCGGUCCUCAGCCGCCAGGCGCACCGGCCGAGAUGCCGGACCUGAGCCAUCUGACGGAGGAAGAGCGGGGCAUCAUCAUGGCCGUGCUGCAGAGGCAGCGGGAGGAGGAGCAGAAGGAAGAGGCGAUGUUAAACUUGUCCCAGUGGAACGCAUUGCCAACAAACCCAUCGAAGAAACUCAACAAGAUGUAUUCCUCUCCAGACCUGGACCAGAGAGGUGCUGGAGGACUGGAAGACAGCCAAUGUGGCACCGUUAUUCAAGAAGUGAGCAAGGGAAACCAGGAAACUACAGACCGGCGGUUACAUCAACAAUUCGAGAGCUAUAAGGAACAGAUCCGAAAAAUUGGUGAUGAAGCACGCCGUUACCAGGGGGAGCAUAAGGAUGAUACCCCAACCUGUGGGAUCUGCCUCAAAACCAAGUUUGCUGAUGGCUGCGGCCAUAUCUGCUCUUACUGCCAGACUAAAUUCUGUGCUCGGUGUGGGGGUCGGGUUAUGCUUCGCUCAAACAAUGAGGACAAAGUGGUAAUGUGGGUUUGCAAUUUAUGCCGUAAACAGCAGGAAAUUCUUACAAAAUCUGGAGCAUGGUUCUUUGGAAGUGGAACACAACAGCCCGUCAAUCAGGAUGGGACCUUGAGUGACACAGCUACAGGGAUAGGUUCAGGCGCACCAAAGGAAAAAAAGGCAAGACUGCAAGAACGUUCACGAUCCCAGACUCCUUUAAGUGCAGCAGGAGCAACACAGGAGGUUAUGCCUCCUGACAAGUCUAGGGUCUCUGAGCUUACUCGACAAGAAAUGGGUUUUGAACAGAAACUGCCUUCAGCAAGAUCGAGGAGUGAACCCCCAAGAGACAGGAAGAAGAGUUCAUUAGUUUCAGAACAGAAUGGAAAAGGACUCAAGGGUGAACGGAAGCACGGACCAAAGCCAUCCUCUCAGCAAGGUGACAGGCCAGCUGAUGAACGAGAGCAUCCUAGGGAGCAGCAAGAAAGUCGGCGCUUAGAGAAAGGUCGUUCGCAAGACUAUCAGGACAUGGAUGUGAAAAUAGAGGGGGAAACAAUAGCAGAUGAGGUAAAACAAAAGAUUGAGGAGGAGUAUCAGAAUCAAUAUAAGAGUGACCCUAACCUGGCAAGAUGUCCUGUUAAACCUCAAUUGGAGGAACAACAAAUGCGUAUGCAUGCUAAGGUUUCAAGAGCACGGCAUGAAAGAAGGCACAGCGAUGUAUCUGUACUUCAAACUGAUGCAGAGGAAGGUCAGGGAGUAGAGGACCUCUUGCCAAGAAGGACUCAACUGGGGACUCAAGAACAGAAACACCCUAUUGAGAAGACUGCAGAUGUACAAACAACGGUUUCAAGACAGCUACAUUUGUGCAGUCAGAGCCCCCCAAUAUCGAAGAGGAGCUCAGUUCCUGCAGAACACUUGGAGGUGAAGGAUUACGAUGCCCACAAGCACCUGGAUCCCAGCUCUGCUGUGGUUCGGACAAAGCGAGAGAGGAAUGAAACCAUGCUGAGGAAUGAUUCACUCAGUUCAGACCAGUCAGAAUCCAUUCGACCACCUCCACCAAAACCACAUCGAAUGAAAAAGGUUGGAAAAAAAAGACAAAUGUCAGUCAGUAGCUCUGAGGAAGAAGGAGCAUCUACCCCAGAAUACACUAGCUGUGAAGAUGUGGAAAUUGAAAGUGAAAGCGUUAGUGAGAAAGGUGAUUUAGAUUACUAUUGGUUGGAUCCAGUUACAUGGCAUAGCAGUGAGACUUUACCCAUCAGCUCGCAUCCUGUUACAUGGCAACCAUCCAAAGAAGGUGAUCGUCUAAUCGGGCGUAUUAUUUUAAACAAGAGAACAAGUAUGCCAAAAGAAUCAGGAGCACUGCUUGGGUUGAAAGUGGUUGGCGGCAAGAUAACAGAAACUGGACAGCUCGGAGCCUUUAUCACCAAAGUGAAAAAAGGCAGCUUAGCUGAUGUUAUUGGCCAUUUAAGAGCUGGUGAUGAGGUUCUUGAGUGGAACGGUAAACCCUUACCGGGAGCUACAAAUGAAGAAGUUUACAAUAUAAUUUUAGAGUCAAAAUCAGAACCUCAGGUUGAAAUAGUUGUUUCAAGGCCAAUAGGUGAUAUACCUAGAAUUCCGGAGAGUUCCCAUCCUCCUUUGGAGUCUAGUUCAAGUUCCUUUGAGUCACAGAAGAUGGAACGACCGUGCAUUUCAGUCAUUUCUCCGACCAGUCCUGGAGCUCUGAAAGAUGCCCCCCAGGUUCUACCUGGACAACUUUCAGUGAAACUUUGGUACGAUAAAGUUGGCCAUCAGCUGAUAGUUAAUGUUUUACAAGCCACGGAGCUUCCUUCCCGAGGGGAUGGUCGUCCCAGGAAUCCCUAUGUAAAAAUGUACUUCCUUCCAGAUCGAAGUGACAAGAGUAAACGGAGGACCAAAACCGUGAAGAGAAGCUCAGAACCAAAAUGGAAUCAAACAUUUGUCUAUUCUCAUGUACAUCGGAGAGACUUUCGAGAACGCAUGUUGGAAAUCACGCUAUGGGAUCAGCCUCGAAUACAAGAGGAAGAAAGUGAAUUUCUCGGAGAGAUCCUUAUAGAGUUGGAGACGGCCUUGCUGGAUGAUGAACCGCACUGGUACAAACUUCAGACGCAUGAUGUAUCUUCACUACCUUUGCCUCAGCCAUCGCCAUAUAUGCCACGGCGCCAUGUCCAUGGAGAAAGUCCUAGUAAAAGGCUACAAAGAUCUCAUCGAAUCAGUGAUAGUGACAUCUCAGAUUAUGAUGUUGAUGAUGGUAUUGGAGUGGUCUUGUCAGAUUAUAGGGCUAACAGUAGAGAAAGUAGAUCAAGCACAUUAACCGUCCCAGAUCAGCAGAGAACCCCCCACCAUCGUUCACGUUCUGUCUCUCCUCACCGUGGUGAUGACCAGGGCAGGACCCGGUCACGUUUACCCAGUGUCCCACUGCAGAGGAGUUUAGAUGAAAUCCAUCAAAGUCGUCGUUCUCGUUCCCCUACACGAUACCAAGAUGCCUCUCGCAGUCCAGUCGAAUGCAGGCCCAGGGACAUGGACAGUUAUUACACCUAUGAAAGAGACAGUGAGUUCCUUAUGCUGCCCAGGGCAAAACGAGGAAGGAGUGCAGAGUGCCUGCGUACUGCCAGUGAAAUACAGCACUCUCUUGACAGGGCUAGGAGUGCUAGCACCAACUGUUUGAGACCAGAUACUAGUUUACAGUCAUCAGAACGAGACAGGACCUACGAGAGGUUUGGUAACCACAAGCAGGGUAGAAAAAGCACUGCAUCAGGAACUGAAAGUAUGCCAGAACUAAGCCGCACUGGAGUCCGGGACAGGAAAGCUGGGCAGCAAACAUCAAGAUCCCACCAACAAGGAAGUCCAGUCCACACUGGAAUGCCACUGUCUAGUCGGAGGAGUAGACAGCUUCCACAGGUCCCAGUUAAAAGCUACGGUCUCGAACAAGGAUGCCAAAUAAUAGAAGAGCGAACAAAGCAGGUGAAGGGGAAAAUGCAUCCCAGCAAACAGUCUGUAGAAUCAGUAAACAGUUUCGAACAGGAACGUGAACAAUGUACAAAGCAUCUACUAUACAAGGAUCAGAACAGAAGCAUUGAUAAUAUUUCAAUCAAAUCAUCGGACAGUGAUGCCAGUGACGUCUCAGCCAUUUCCCGAACCAGCAGUGCCUCACGCCUCAGCAGCACAAGCUACAUGUCCGUACAGUCAGAGCGGCCAAGGGGCAGUCGGAAAAUCAGAAGGUCGAAAUCCUUAGAAAACAGCAGGGAUGUGGCAAACAAAAAAAAGAGGAGGAUAUCGUGGGUGUUAGUAGAAGAGGGAAAGAGAGAGACGGGGCAUACUGAAAGGAAGCCAGGAACAGAAGAUCUGAGAAGGGGACGACAUUCAGCUUCUGGUGACUUGAGUGCGUUUACCUCUAAAAUGCAAAGCAGACAAAUGGGAACAUCCAGGCGAAAUAUUAUGAAGAGCACAAGUGUCAGUGAGGAGAUGUAUUGUCUGGAAAAUAAUGAUGGCAGUCAGUCGGAUACUGCUGUGGGAACAAUAGGAUCAGGGGGCAAGAAGCGAAGAUCAAGUUUGGGUGCCAAAAUGGUGGCCAUUGUCGGAUUGACAAGGAGAAGUAGGAGCACAUCUCAGCUCAGCCAGACCGGGUCACAUAUGAAGAAUAGCCAUUUGGGCAUGGUACUGGAGGGUGUCCAGUACCCUUGGAUCUGUACCGAAACAGGAGUCAGCAUCUUAAGGAGAGAAGAAGCUGGAGGGAGGAAAUCCAAAAAUACUAUCCAGAGAAGCACAGAGACAGGCAUGGCAGUGGAAAUGCGGCGUAUGACACGACAAGCCAGCCGGGAAUCUACUGACGGCAGCAUGAAUAGCUACAGUUCAGAGGGAAAUUUAUUCCCUGGGAUGAGACUGGGAGCUGACAGUCAGUUCAGUGAAUUCCUCGAUGGACUGGGACCUGCACAACUUGUUGGGAGACAGACAUUAGCAACACCUGCCAUGGGUGACAUUCAGAUUGGGAUGGUGGAUCGGAAGGGACAGUUGGAAGUUGAAGUGAUUCGAGCCCGAGGCCUCAGUCAGAAAACAGGCUCAAAAUCUCUCCCUGCUCCUUAUGUCAAGGUCUACCUGUUGGAGAAUGGUGUGUGCAUAGCCAAAAAGAAGACAAAAAUUGCACGAAAAACACUCGAUCCACUCUAUCAACAAUCAUUACUAUUUGAAGAAAGCCCACAGGGUAAAGUCUUACAGGUGAUAGUCUGGGGAGAUUAUGGCAGAAUGGACCACAAAUGUUUUAUGGGAGUGGUACAAAUUCUCCUGGAAGAGCUUGAUCUAUCCAGCAUGGUGAUUGGUUGGUACAAACUGUUCCCAACAUCUUCAUUGGUGGAGCCCACCUUGACUCCCCUUACUCGCAGAGCUUCCCAAUCAUCUCUUGAGAGUUCGACUGGACCUCCCUGUAUAAGGUCAUAAUGAACUACGAGGUCACCAACAGGACAAAAAGCAGAAGCUGACCACAAAUAUCACUGCUGGAGCCAGACAAUCACACUUGUUUUGCCAAUAGUACUGUUUCAAAAAAAAAUAGGGCUUCAUAAAUCCUAAAACAAAGUACAUAUGUGUGUAUGUAUUUAUAUAUGUAUGCUGGCAUGAAUUGGCAAAAACACACUACAUUAAAUGCUAAGUGGAAACUUAUAUAUUGUGUUAGAGACUAAAUGAAUGAGACCAGAGAUGUGAAUUUUAACAAGUUCAAUAUUUCGAGUAUGUAACAACAGAAUGGAGAAACAUCAGUCUGAAAAAAAAGGAUGGAGUUGUUUAUUCAUGGUUCUGUAGAAACUAUAAACAGUGCUACCUUACACUGCACAUUCUCUGCACAUGUUUCUUCACCAUUACACUGUCUAUUGUAAUGGACUCGAGCUAACCACCUCCCUACCCCACCCCACCCUGAUGCUGACAGAGACCUUCUAUUAAAAGGUUACUGCAUAUCUUUGCGAGCCUCACCAGAGGGUGUUCAACAGCCACAGGCUUUGGUGGAGUGUUUCGACAUUACUGGUUCCCAGUUAACUUCAUCAAAUUUAUUGUGAGUUAGAUAUAGAAGAGAAAUACUCAAAAAUAUUGAGGUUCAGAUUUGAGCAAUGCCUAUCAUAUUUCUUAACAAAGGCUCUCAAGUGUUGUUUCCCAUUUGCCACACAUUUUGCCAUUUUUUCUUUUGUAAAACAAGCUCAUGUUUGCAUUAUGGAUUUUUCAUGUUUUCUGAUGUUUUGCAUGAAAAAAAAUUUGAAACUGCAAUCAGGCCUGGGGACUGUUCAAAGCAUCAAGACUCCGCAGAGAUUGUGGCACUAACAUGUUCCUUGUAAUGCAAUUCUCUUCCUACAAUUACAAACCAUUGAGAUAACUUCUGUAUAGAUUUGUAUAUUUGACUUCCCAAAGUGUUGUCCAGUAAUGGAGUUAGCAUAAGCUGUUUGAGCUGUACCUGGGAUAUUUCCUAAUCAUGUGUCACAUGGCACUGAUUUGCCCCAGUUAGAGCAUGAUGCAAGUUGUUUGAUGAUCGCUGGAAAUUACAGUUGAUGUUUCCUGUACACUUGGUGUUUUUUAAUCUGCCUUUAGUUUACAUUAUUUUGAAAUUACUGCAAGCAUAGUGCUUGAUUUUUUUUACAGUGAGAUGUAUUUUUUUUCUGGAAGAAAAGCAAACUUUCAAUUUGCUUUUUUAAAAAAAAAAUCAUUUUUUUCCUUAAAUUCCAUUGACCUGAAAACCCAUGUGUAUUUAUGUCCAUGAGGCAGUGAUUCUAAUUCCUCUGUCCUCCUCUUCUUUGUCCUCCUCUGCCUCCUGCUCUAACAGGCCAUUUUGAUUUUUAGAUCACUGAUGUGAAGCAGCAUGAUUCUGGAACUGUUCAAUUGCUGCAUGCACGUUUUGUAAGGGGGGGGGGGGGAGAGAACAAUGCAGAUGUUAAUUAAUGUGUGUUAACUCCACUAAACCAGCUUGUAUGUUGCAUGUACUUGUACAGUUUGCUUGUUAUUGAUACAAAGGAAUAACUAAGAAAUCAGAGCCAUUAAUUUAUGUUAACAACAUUUUUGCUGAUUUGAACUAGACUCAGGUCUGGUGAUGAAUGUGUAUUGAAAACAUUUUUGUACCUUCUGGAAAGUAACUGCUGAUGUAGAACAGGAAAAGAACCCUGUUGAUUUUCGAGUAACUUCUUACUUGUGGGGCUUUAACAGGCAUUGUGUACACACAGAAAAUUGACUUCUAGCUAUUCUGCCUGUGCAGAGUGAAUUGUCUUCUUUAAAUUGGCCAGCUCUUGAAUCUGUUGUCCUACAGGAUCUAAAAGGUUGAUUACUACCUGACCUGCUGAGCAGGAAGAAUUACGGUUUCACAAGGUUCUAAUCCCUUUAUUAUGGUCAAAAGCAGCUGAUUGGAAAAUACCUUUCUAACUGCAGCAGUUGUCUGAACAUUCCCCUGUGCUUUUAAAUGAACUUCAGACUCAUGUUAUGUAAACAUGUUUAAUAAAAUUUACUUUUCAUGUCA